GUUGACCUUGUUUUGCAUAAGACUUUCCACGAUUUGAAUGGUAAGCAAGUAGAAGUUAAACGUGCUCUUCCUAAAGAUGCUAACCCUGGUGUAGCCACCGGUGGUGGUGGUGGUGCUGGUGGUCGUGGCAGCGCCGGAGUUGGAGGGUUUCCGGGCUAUGGUGGUUCUGCUGGAAGUGGAUAUGAGGGUCGUGUGGAUUCCAAUAGGUACUUGCAGCCUCAAAACACUGGAAGUGGUUAUCCUCCUUACGGUGCUUCUGGGUAUGGUACUGGUUAUGGUUAUGGAAGCAAUGGUGUAGGUUACGGAGGUUUUAGUGGGUAUGGUAAUCCAGCUGGUGCGCCUUAUGGGAGUCUCCCUGGAGCUGGUUUUGGAAGUGGUCCAAGAAGUUCAUGGGGUGCUCAAGCACCGUCGGGUUAUGGUAAUGUUGGUUAUGGAAAUGCAGCUCCGUGGGGUGGUUCUGGUCCCGGUUCAGCAGUGAUGGGUCAAGCUGGUGCAUCUGCUGGUUAUGGCAGUCAAGGUUAUGGCUACGGUGGAAAUGAUUCAUCUUAUGGGACUCCAUCUGCCUAUGGUGCAGUAGGUGGGCGAUCU